CUUCCGGGAAAAUCACCUGAACCUGCCCUGAGGUUGUCGGCACUAUCACCGGCUCAGGCCAGCGUAUCUACGGCGCGCCCUCCCGGACACUCGACUCCGCAGCAUUGAGACCCCUGUGGAUCUUGUGGAUCUCACGAUCCCAUCUCGCCAGUUGUUGGCCCUGCACUGCAACCCCCGGUCCGGCAUCACAAAGCAGCCGCAAUGGCAAGCUCAGCCGCCCCGUCGCCGGAUACCAUUUCCGUCAGCGAGUUUCACCACUACCUUGAAAGAUAUCCUGCCUGUAUUGCGGCCAUUUCUAGCGCUAGAGGAGCUAGACUGGGCCAGAGAACACUGGCUGCCCUGGAUGAAUAUCGGUAUGGGGCGGCUCUCGACACCUUUGGUUCCGGGACCCCGGACGUGGCCAUGGGCCUUGAUGAUGUUAAACAGCUUGUCGAGUGGAAACUUCGGCAUGGGAAGUUUAGGCCCACCUUGAUGAAACUGGUAUCGUCGAACGAACCACAUUGUAUCAAGGACAUCAUUCAGGAAGCCGUCAAGCACUACCAGGAGAAGUCUGACGUAUCCGGCGCGCUCAACAUUCUCAUCAAACUCAAAGGGAUUGGGCCGGCUACCGCAUCUUUGCUGCUGGCUGUCCAUGAUCCAGAGCAUGUUAUAUUUUUCGCCGAUGAAGCCUUCUACUGGCUGUGCUGCGACGGAUCAAAGGCACCCAUCAAGUACAACCAGAAGGAGUACACUGAACUGAAUGCGCGUGCCCAAGCGCUGGCCAAGCGGCUUGGUGUGAAAGCGGUCGACAUCGAGCGUGUGGCAUUCGUCCUGAUGACACAACCGAGAGAUGCGAAGACCAUCUCGGCAGGUGUGACCAAAUUGCCAACCGGAUCCCCUGCCGCGACCACGGGCAAGAAGCCGCCGGCAAAGAGGAAGACUCCGGGUGAGGAUCCCGGUGCUGAAACGCAUGUACGACGGCCACGACGCGUCGACGGUUCUACAUGGAUCAUGCUAGACCGCAGAUUCAGCUCCAAAAGGGGUGAAGCCCAGGUGUCGGCCGGCUCUGGGCCCAUUCAUCUCACAGCUAGGUUCACUGCUCUCAAGGAGAGCCUGGCAUCUGGCAAGGAAUCCGCCAUCACCUUGUCGUGGCAACGGCUUCUAGAACGUCUUCGCGAGGAGAACACGCUGGUUUCGUCUUUAGGGUCCAGAGCCAUUCCUACCAUCAACUUUACCGACAUCACGAAGCCCCAGCACUCUGAGGGUUUCUUGAGAGAUCUCCGGCAAAGAGGUGUUGGAAUCAUCCGUAACGUGGUCUCGAGGGACACGGCUCUGGCCUGGGAGCGCGAGACAAAGGAGUAUCUAGCACAGAAUCCGCCCCCAAGACCUUCCCCACUACAACAGCCUCAAUCACCAGACGUGUAUUGGAGUCCCUCCCAGGUCAAGGCUCGAGCUCACCCCAACGUUCUGGCGGCGCAAAAGUUUUUGAUGAGCAUAUGGAAAUCCAAGGACCCGAGCUCCAGGGUUACCUCAUGCUUUCCGGUUUCGUACGCGGAUCGGAUGAUGGUGCGUAAGGCGGGUGGGCUCCAGGGCCGCCCAUACGCACAUGUCGAUGGCGGGAGCGUCGAGCGGUGGGAGCCCGACGGAUACGGCCGGGCGGGGACCUACAAGGACAUAUUUGAGGGACGUUGGGAGGAUUACGACCCCUGGGAGAGCAGCACCCGACUGGGCGUGACGAGUGAUCUCUACCACAAAGCUAGCGCCUGUUCCAUCUUCCGUAUGUUUCAGGGCUGGCUAGCCCUGAAACCCAUCGCUUCCGGGCCAAGCCCAGUCCAAGUCUGCCCGCUCCCGCGUCUCGCCACGGCGUACUUCCUCCUAAGGCCCUUCUUCUCGCCACCAAACCCAUUGUCGCCAACCGCACCCACCUCGCAAGAUGCAGAGGAGUGGACCUUCAACCGCCCCCAGAACAGCCUCCUCCACGGCGCGCUCCCCAGCUACGCGCAAGAAAUCAAUCCCGCCCUUCACCCGCAUCUCGAGCUUCACCGCAGCUUGGUGUCCGUCCCGGACCUCGAACCGGGCGAUUACCUCGUCUGGCACCCAGACCUGAUCCACUCCAUCCCCAAUUCCUCCCCAGACGAAGGCAGCACCGACGACGAUGGGGACGGUUCCGGCUCAAUGGCGUACAUGUACCUCCCUGCAUGCCCGCUCACGCAGACCAACGCGCUGUACCUCGCCCGUCAGCGCAAGGCAUUCCUCCUGGGUUGCCCACCGCCCGACUUUGGGGGUGGCCGGGGGGAGAGUGAGCACGUGGGCCGGCCAGGGGUUCAGGACGUGAACGACGCCGGCGGUGACGACGGGCUGCGGGCGAUGGGUUUGUUGCCGUGGGACGAGGAGGAGGCUGAUUCGGAUGCCGAGAGGGAGGUGCUUGCCAUGGCGAAUGGGAUAUUGUUUCCAGAUUUGUACGAUAUGUUGUAGGAUCUCUAACUAGUUCGGUGUGUAUGAUGAUGGAAAGAGGGGAACCAGCGUUAUUCUUUGCAUAUAGACCGGGAGGAUGGAUCCGAGCAUAGACAAAAGGACGCUGGGCGGAUAGACUCGCGACAUACGCACGCUUCUGUACCAGUCGAAGAUAGCGCG